UAAUAUAUUAAGGUUCGAAUUGAAUAAGAAAAAAAAAAGAGUACAAAAUCUAUGUAAGCACGUCACUUUUACGAGAAAACUAUUUUCAAAAAAAAAAAAAAAAAACUUUUACGAGAAAACUGAAUAUUCGUUAAUGGAUCCUCCUAAGCGCAAUCAGGUCGCCGCCCCGUUGUCAUCUUCGGCGAAGUCUUUGGAAAUGCAGGUAAGCGUUCAAAUUUUUAGUAGUGUUUGGUUGCGUUCACAGACUGUUUGUUUGGUGAGAAAAUAGUGAAACAAGAAAAAGAAAUAGGGUUUAUUUCUCUAUUUUCAUUUUUUUAUUUUUUUAUUUUUUUUUAUGAGUUGGCACUGUAGUAUAAUUUGAUGGUCGCUUGUGGAUUUGUUUAUGGACAUGAAUGAUGAUAGGUUUCGUGGAAGUUAAUUUUUUUUUUGUUAUAAUUCUUUACUUCAACAUUUUCUAAGCAAUCAAAGAAAUAAUUUUGGCUUUUUGGGAGAAUUUGAUUAUGGUAACUGGGUUUCAAUCAUUUUAGCAAUACAACUUGUCUUUAAUUUAGUUGUACUAAGUUAUAUCUAGUAUGUCUAAAGUUCACUAUAUGGAAUGACAGAAAUUACUUUUGGAGAAAAGUUUUAGAUCACUAUUUGCAUCAUCUUUGUGUUCAAUUUUUAUCUCUUUUGGGAUGAUCAUCCUUAGCAACCAUGAAAUUGGAAGAACGUGACUGAAUUGCCUGAUAAGGAUCUUUCAUAUGCAUCAUGAGAGAAGGUAAUCUAUCCUUGUCAUUUCUUUUAAGAUUUUGUGCAGUAGAGUAAUUUGAGUAUUGAAAUGAAGGAGGCCAAUUAUCACCAACACAGUACACGUAGACAUCUUCAUUUUGAACUGCAAGAGUGUAGCUACUGGAAAUAUGGCAAAUUCAAGGGAUAGCCUACGAAACUUGAAGAAUGUGGCUGUUGUUAGAGAUAAAGACCAUAUUAGAGAAGACCACUUCAAAGAUAAGCCACCAGAGGAAUGUAGAUCAAGAAGGAGAUAAUAUUUUUCUUCUAUAUUAUCUCCUCAUAUAUUUAUCUCCUUAUUUAUCUUAUAUUCUAAGAGAUAACAUUGUACUCUAAGUAGGACUCUAGUAUCAUAUUCAAAUUCUCUUGAAAAGAUUAUAUAGAAUUCAAACUGUACAUUACUCUAUAUAAUAAACGUGAUAGUGUGCUGUUUAGGUAUUCAAGCCUAAAGCAAUUUCAAUAUAUUUCAGCUGUACCUCAUGGCAAGAGAAGAACAAUCCCCAACACUUGGGAGUCAGUCAGCUAUGCUCGGUCCAUAAAUUCCCAGUUCCCUUUCUGCCCUUUUGAAGUGGUUAGAUCCACUCAGACAAGUGGAAAUUCUGCAAUAUUGUCUCCCCUUCCUUCUGGUAUUGGUUUGCAUGUAAAUAGCAUCGGCAGAUCUGUGGUCUUCGACUCGGAUAUGUUUGCAAGCAAGAACUCAACUGGGUACCUGAGUUCACAAGAUAACCUAGUGCCUGAGGACCCAAAUAGUAUCUCAAUUUCAGCUGUAGCUAGGCCAAUGUUUUCUCAUGCAGAUGUAGAUCAGCAGGAAAGUCAAGCUGGUGUGGCAGCCACUUAUGCCAUUAAUAGUCUGAAUCCCCCAUGUGAUUCUUUUUCUUUGACACAAAUUGAGCAGCAGGUGGCUUCUGGUGAGGGGAGAAUGUCCACUUCACAAAAUUCUGACAGUGUGGAGUCAUCGAACCAAGUAAGCCGCACAAGGAAAAGGAAAAGGGCAGCAAACAAACGUGAGAGUGAUGGCUGCACACGAUGUAGUUGUAGGAAGUCCAAAUGCUUGAAACUCUGGACUUUAUUGCGUGGAUUGUUGUUCAUGUGAAAGCUGUAUUAACAAACCUGAAUAUGAUGACUUGGUUCUUGAUACACGGCAGCAAAUUGAAUCUCGUAAUCCUCUUGCAUUUACUCCAAAGAUUAUUACGCAUGCCACUGA